UCAUCGCACAAAUAAUUUAGAGUAUACAUUGUUAAAUCAAGAAAUAUUGAAAGCACUAUGUCUGCCUUUUCGACUUGCAAUUUCAUGCGUCAUCCAAUCUUGAUGCAAUCUAGAACUAAUUUGAAAACACCAAAUGAGAGUCUAGCCAGUGUUCGUUGCACUAAAGUUGUUCGGAAUGUGAACUUGGAGAAGUUGCGCCACAAUUAUUUGUUUCCCGAGAUAGAAGCAAGGGAACUUGAACAUACGAAAAAGCACCCUGAUGCAGACAUCAUAAGGCUUGGUAUUGGUGAUACCACACAGCCAAUUCCAGAUAUUAUAACUUCACAUAUGGCUGAGUAUGCACGAGCUCUUUCAACACGCAAAGGAUACAAGGGUUAUGGCGCAGAACAAGGGAACAAGGCUUUACGGAAAGCAAUUGCAGAAUCAAUUUACACAGAUUUAGGUGUAAAAGAUACAGAAGUUUUUGUAUCAGAUGGAUCACAGUGCGACAUAUCUCGCCUUCAGCUACUUUUGGGAUCAAGUGUUUCAGUUGCUGUGCAGGAUCCAAAUUUCCCGGCUUAUAUGGAUUCAAGUGUCAUAAUCGGACAGGCAGGAGAAUUCCUAGAUGAAACACUUAAAUACAAAAAUAUCGUGUACAUGACAUGCGGACCCCAAAAUAACUUCUUCCCUGAUUUGUCAACCACACCAAGAACCGACAUUAUCUUUUUUUGUUCUCCUAAUAAUCCAACGGGCCAUGCAGCCUCUCGUGAACAGUUGACACAACUUGUGGAAUUUGCUAGGAAGAAUGGAUCGAUUAUUGUUUAUGAUUCCGCAUAUGGUGUCUAUAUAACAGAUGAGAGCCCAAGGUCAAUCUAUGAAAUUCCUGGUGCAAGAGAGUGUGCUAUUGAAAUUUCGUCCUUCUCGAAGAUUGCUGGCUUCACGGGUGUUCGUCUUGGCUGGACCGUGGUACCUGAUGAGCUAUAUUACUCUAACAAGGUUCCUGUUAUAAAUGACUUUGACCGCAUAGUUUGCACUUGCUUUAAUGGUGCUUCUAGCAUAGCUCAAGCUGGUGGGCUAGCAUGUCUCUCCCCAGAUGGCUUCAAGGAAGUGAUGUCUGUGGUCGAUUACUACAAGGAAAAUGCAAAAAUCUUGGUGGACACAUUUACUUCACUAGGUUUUGUAGUAUACGGUGGUGUAAACGCACCAUAUGUAUGGGUACAUUUUCCAGGCUCAAGAUCAUGGGAAAUGUUCUCUGAGAUUUUGGAAAAAACCCAUAUAAUUACGGUUCCAGGAAGUGGCUUUGGACCCGGGGGUGAAGGGUAUAUAAGGGUGACCGCUUUUGGGAAAAGAGAAGAUAUAUUGGAAGCUUCUGCAAGGCUGAGAAGCGUAUUCAUGUGAGGAUGACACAGGGUCACAGAUGAUCGUGUAUUGAUUAUUGAAGAAGACCAACAGGAGGAUACUGUGAUUGAAUGAUUGUGAUCGAAUACAAAGUGUACCAAAUAUUUAUUCUGUAAUAAGUGGACUGUUAGAUGUUGUUAACCAGAUCAGCUGUAUUCAGAACGCAUACUACUUUGUGCAAUUAUAUAUGAAUAACAUGA